AGCUGCUGAUGGCCGUUCCUGAUGACAGACGAUUGAUUGAUCAACCACAGAAAUCCAAGACUGGCGUGACCAUCGCUCCCAUUCGCAUCCUUCGGAUCAGGACCUUUGCCGUCCCACAACUCGCCUGACCUUCCUGCACGUUCUGUCGACCUCUCCCCUUCGACGCCACGCUUCAGUGGAAUCGCGUGAAUGCGUCCUCCACGAUCAUCUCAUCCUGACGCGAUCUCACGGAAAAGCACACCAAUGUGGCUCUAGACCAGGACUGUCAAAAAGGUUUGCCUCGCUGGGGCGGCGCCCCCGCCGAACAAACGCCUCCCAUUAAUUUCAGAAAGCCGCGCACUGCCCUUUCUACGUCGCACGAGUGGCAUGAUUGCAGGCCAAGAAAGCGAAGACUCAACAGCACAUGGAAAUGCGAACACAGCUAGCGCUACGAGUACAUUUGUCUCUUUGAUUGCUGAGCAACCAAAUUCAGAGACUGUGGAACGGGAAACCAGUCAUCUAGAACGCGACGCGGAGGGCGCCAGGCCGGAAAGCGCCCAAAGAGAGGUGUCUCGACAGGAGCUGGAGAAUGCUGAGGUAAGCUCUCAACAAGCCACCUCGGGUGACGCAAGUGCAGGUGAAAUCUCAGAAGCAGGCCCAUCACUACCCAAAGCACGGACACCAUCCUCGUCAGACGAGACAGUUGCGGACCUCACAGUCAUCGAUCUGACAGAGCUCGACACUCCCCCACCCGACCCGCGUCGCGAUCCCAACUACGAGCUGUUCGCAGCGGCCAAGGCGAAGGCAUCCUUUGCACCCAAUCACUUCAGCAACACUGCUUCGAGCGGAGUGGAGAUCGAUCAGCACCUAAAAGUCAUCAAGCAGUCGUUGAUCCUCGCUCAGCAAAAAGGUGUAGGUGUUGCCGACGCGCUCCUGGCACCUCCCACAUUCAGCACAGUCUUGUCGCUCAAAUAUGCGUCGUGCUUGCGCGUGCUGAGCAUCAUCAACACGCUCUCUUCCAAAACACCUGGCUCGCUGCAUCAAACGCUCCAGCGUAUUGUUCGCGCGCUCAUUGAUAUGAUGGUGGAUCGCGAGAGUCAACGACGCAUUCAGCAGGGAGGCAGAGUGUCGCCUCUACAACAGCGUCAGCAAAGUCUCGUCUCCCAGUCGGUUCCGCAUUCUCAGCCACUGCAGACCAAUUCCGGGCCCAUUCGCACCUCUGCCGCGCCGGUCAUUUCUUCGUUUGUGCAGACACAGAAUCCACAGUCGCCAGUGCAAGCCAGGCCACCUUAUGGCGCUGCUUCGGGCUCGACCCACGUGCAACAAUCAGCACCCGCACAGCAACCGCAUGGACCGGCUCAUCAAAGCCGAUCACCUACGAAUUAUCAUGCCAGGAGUCAGCAUUCCCCUUCCGCGGCUCAAUUGCUUCAAGCGAUCCCUGCACCUGCUUUGGUGUCGACCAAUCCAUAUUUGCAGCAUCCACUGUCGAUUGCUGGGCUUGAACAGUGGCAGCGCGCGCUGCACACUCCUGCUCAGCAGUCGCUUCAACAGCAGCAGCAUCAGCAACUUCUGCAGCACCAACAACAACUGGCGAGUCCACAGAGAUACCAGCAACAGCAGCAUCAGCAGCAUCAACAAAAGCUGCACGAACAGCAACGGGCGCAGCAGCGUCCUCCGCAGGGACCCUUUGCUCCGCCCAGCAGCACGCAGAGUCAGGCUGCGAACCAGUCUCAGGCCGCAUCGCAACCUCAGACUGCUCAAGCUGUCUCGCCGGUCCAAUUCACGCGACCUGCAGCUACAAUUCAGCCCAAUGCGACUCCAGCGCCACCGGCGUCAAGCACCACUGCUGUACGUGAGAGUGCGAACCCAUCCUGGGCUAGUCCCCCGGCCGCGCCUGCACGGUGGACUUCACGCUAUACUGCGCAAUUCACUGCGGAGACAGCCGCUGCAGCCAGCAAGACAGCCUCGAGCAGGAUACGGAGGAAUGCUGAUGAAGAGACGCGUGAAAGGUUGAUUCGGGCUACCUCCGGGGUUGGGAGGCUGGUAGGCCUGCAAAGAGCGGUGAACCAGCUGGAUGUGGAGGGCGGGGAACAUAGAUUUGGACUGCAAAAUCACGCUCACCAAAUCCAUCGUCUCGGGACUACACAGGAGCAGCAGAACGCGGCGCUACACAGCUUACGAGAAUACGUUACAAACUCCAUGAAAGCCCAGUCCUCGGGCGGCUCCCCGCACGGUGUGCAGCAGGCAACCACUCCGAACAAUCACGCGAGAGGCGAAAAUGUCGAGAUGCGUCUAGAGGCGCAACGCAAGACCCUUGAGGCGGUGCGUGAUGGUCUGUCCGUGGACAUUCGAAAGAUGGACAGCGGCUUUCGAGAGCGCUUAGAUAAGGUGGAGAAGCAGCUUCCCCAACUUCUGCCUGCGGCCUCUGCAGUCCAUUUGCAGCAACGCAUCACGGCUUUGGAACAUCAGCACGUGCAGAUAGAUGCCAAGCUUGGCAAUGUUGUCGAUCGAGGACAGAACGGGUCGUCGGGCCCAGCGGAAGCGAACUUGCGUUCAAUCGCAACGGCGCUGCAAAAGCUUGUGCAAGAUGGGCAAGCUCGAGACGAGGCGGCUCGCGCGAAGCUGGAGGAGAAGGAAAGACAAUGGCAAGCGAUGGUGGACAAGAAGAACGAGGAGCUCGUAGUGGCUGAAAAAUCUCUGGCACAGCGCGAGGAGAAGGUGGCAGUGCGAGAGCAGGCACUCGAAGAACGCAUGACAUCGUACGAGGCGAAACUUCAGGCGGCGCAGGCGGCGCUCGACGCUAAGAUCGAAGCGAGCGCACGUCGCGUGCAAGACGAUGGAAAGAGGCACGCAGCGGUUGGCCAGGCUUCAAUGUCGAGUGCGGCAAGCAGGCUCGCUGCCCUGGAAGCGCAAUUGAUGGCAUUGAAGGGCCGCGAAGAGAACGGGGCCCAGGCACGCUCCGACAAUACCGAGGGCGCCGUUGAACUUGAACGCAAAGAUUCCCAUACUACGACUGCUAGCACCAGCCUCUCGUCUUUCAGAGAUUCCGAAGAUGAGCCGCCAAGGAUACGCAAAAGGCAGAGAAUCACGCUUCGAAACGAGGACGAGUCGGCUGUACCUACUCCAGCCAGGCCACCUGUACCACUAGCACCUCGCGCAUUGUCGGUGGGCCCGAGUGUGAGCAGGUCAGCUCAAGAUGGCAGAAUCGCGCGUAUGUCUCUGCGUAGGAUUGUCGCAAGACCAAAGAGGGGUGGAUCGCCAUCGUCGAGCAGCGCUCUUUCGGAGGCGAAUACAGAGUUGCAACGAAAGACGAGACCCUCUUCGCGCACCAGGCUGCGCAUCGAUCGCUUCGAUUCCCCUUCGACGGCGCAAGGAUCGGAGGAGCAGUCCGAUUCCUCUUCGUCUUCCAAGACUUCCGAGCCGAUUCGCCGUUCGACUAGGUCUGUGCCGGCGAGCUUUGCAGGAACGUCCAGAAGCGCCCAUGCUCGACGCAAAAUAGUCCUGCAAGAUGAGGAAGAGUCGGAGGAUGAAGACGAACUUACCGUCGACACUGAGCAAAGCGAUGACGAAAUCGUAUACAAACCCCCUGCCUCGUCCGCACGCCCUUUUUCCCAGCCCGCAAGAUCGACUCCCACCGUCGAAGUGCCUCGAACUUCGAUUUCGAGGCGCUCUCCGCUUGCUCCCAGCAGGGAGUAAAUGUUUGCCAUUCACGAAUCGCGAACUGACCCAUCAGAACUACGCGUCAGGUUCAUACCCGCACAUCAUCAUGUUUCUACGCAAUCUGUACAAUUACAAAACGCCAACACAUUCGACCGCAGACGCUACAGGUCUGGUCUGCUUGCAAUCACAUCGGCUUUGACA